CGGCCGCUGUCACUCGCUCUCACUCUGACCUCACCCAAGCACACACACCCUAUACAGCCGACCGGAUGUGCCAACUACACCCCUGAUUGACCCUUGGACCGACCUUGUCGCCAGCGAGAGCUUGAGUCUCAGCUUCAGCUUCGGCUCUAGCACCGACGAUAUGGGCGUCUCGAUUAUAGACGCCCAGCGCGACAUCAUCCUCAAUGUGCUCCGCCAGAUAACUCGCGACGAUUGGAAAGUGCUGGUCGUUGAUCCAGACUCGCGCAAGCUGAUCGAUAAUGUCAUUGAUCAAGAUGUGAUCCUCAACGAGAAUAUCAUGAGCAUUGAGCUGAUCACUGAUCGACGAUCUACGAACCGCGAUGCCGAUGCAAUCUACCUCAUCUCGCCCCAGGCCUACAUCGUGGAUUGUAUCAUGGCCGAUUUCGAGAAGAGAAAGUACAGGAGAUCACAUCUGGUCUGGACGAGCUUGCUACCACCGGCACUUAGAGAGCGUAUAGACAAGUCGCGGUUUCGAGACCAGAUCGCACUCUUCAAGGUUUUGAAUGUGGAAUUCUACCCACGAGAGUCACAUUUGAUCACCUUCAGAGACCCAUGGAGCUUUCCGGUGCUGUACCAUCCAGCUUGCAAUACUUUGGUCAGGCAGCACUUGGAGGAUUUGGCGCAAAAGGUUGUAGGGGUCUGCGUAGCGCUCGGAGAAUAUCCCACUAUCCGCUACUAUCGACCUCGAACGCCCACGCAUGAAGCCAGCAUACUGUGCUCACAUCUGGCUCGCUUCGUGCAAGAUGAGCUCGAUUUGUAUGCCAAGUUCCACGAAGACUUUCCCCCGCCCACUACGCGGCCGCGGGGAGCACUGUACAUCGUUGAUCGAUCCAUGGAUCUUUACGCGCCUAUAUUACACGAGUUCACAUACCAAGCCAUGGCACACGAUCUGUUGCCCAUCAAGGAGGGCGACAAAGUGACAUACCGGAUGAUGGUCAACGAGGGGCAGUUGGAUCAAGAAGAAAAGGACGUCGAAAUCACCGAAAAGGACAAGAUAUGGGCGGAAAACAGACAUCAACAUAUGGUCCAUGUAAUAGCCAAGUUGGAAUCUGACUUCAAGAACUUCUUGAAGAACAAUGCAAACUUCACCAACAAGGAGGCAGAGGGAGUUCACCUGAACACGAUUAAGGACAUGAUGGCAGGGCUUCCGGAGUUCCAGCAGAUGAAGGAGGCAUAUUCAUUACAUCUAGGUAUGGCCCAAGAAAGCAUGAAUCGUUUUCAGCAGCGAAAUUUGCCUGAUGUGGCAUCGGUCGAGCAGAUCCUUGCAACUGGCCUCGACGAGGAGUAUAAGAAGCCCAAAGGCGUAGCAGCGCAAGUCAUUGCUACACUUGACGAAGGCGGUGUGGUCCCACCUGAUCGCCUACGCCUCUUGAUGCUCUUCAUGCUUUUCAGAGAUGGCAUGGUGCCGGCAGACCUGCAGAAACUGAUUGCCCAUGCCCAACUCUCACCACAGGACGGUGAAGUGUUACAGAACCUCGAGAUCCUUGGCGCUCGAACGACUCGAAACAUCAAGGAUUCUCGGCCUAUACCCCAGCCACUAUUCCCGAAGAAGCCGCCGCCAGUGACAGUACAGGAAGAGUAUGCACUGAGCAGGUACGAACCUGUGCUACAGAAUCUGUUGGAGGCACAUGCAAGCAAUACGCUAGACCCUACAGUGUUCCCAUACACAAAGCCGCCAUUAGACAUGGGCGAUGGGCUUCAGCGUCAAGAGACUGCAGCCUCACUACGCUCAGCGAAACCUACAUGGGCCCGAACGCGAACCGCAAAUUCUGGCCUAGAGAACCGGCAGCGGGUCAUCGUCUUCAUGGCGGGAGGCGCAACAUACUCAGAAGCGCGAGCGUGCUAUGAUGUUGGAAGGCAGACGGGGCGGGAGACGUUCCUGGUCACAUCGCACAUGCUCACGCCCGGACUCUUCAUACGGCAGGUAGGCGACCUGUCAGCGGAUAAAAGGAGGCUGAACAUACCUGCAGAAAUGCCAAAACCACAGGCGCCACGGCAUCUGUUUGAGCCAGACGAGCAGCCGAAGCCCAAGGCUGCUCCUCCUGUCCAGCAGCCCCAGAGAGCGCCUGUUACGCAGCCGCCAAUACAGCAAAUGGGCGCCAUCAAUCUGAAUGGGAAGCCCCACGGAACUGGGCCAAGCUCGUCGUCGGGAGCGAUCACGAAGGAGCCAGAGAAGAAGGAUAAGAAGAAGCAUCAUUUCGGCUUUGGAAGGAGCAAGGACAAAUGAUCUUUUCGUGUAAGGUGACGCCGAAGGAAGCGAGCUCUAUAGUAAUGUUUGGGCGCGUAUGGCCUACAGGUGAAGCUCAUUGUAGAGCUCAUCCUAGCAGACGCGGUAGGCAGUAGCAGAAGCAAAGGACGUCUAAGACAGGUCGCU